GAUCCAGUCGCCGGAAGCCCCCGAGAAGAUGUCAGGAAUGCAGGCUGUCUGGCCUUCCGGCACAGAAUGUAUCGCCAAAUAUAAUUUCCACGGCACCGCUGAUCAAGAUCUCCCCUUCAGCAAAGGAGAUGUCCUCACCAUCAUCUCGGUCACCAAGGACCCCAACUGGUACAAAGCGAAGAACAAAGUGGGCCGCGAGGGCAUCAUCCCAGCCAACUACGUUCAGAAACGCGAAGGGAUGAAACCUGGAAUCAAGCUUAGCCUGAUGCCCUGGUUUCACGGGAAGAUCACGCGUGAGCAAGCUGAGCGGCUGCUGUACCCUCCGGAGACGGGCCUGUUCCUGGUGCGAGAGAGCACCAACUACCCGGGCGAUUAUACCCUCUGCGUCAGCUGCGAAGGCAAAGUGGAGCAUUAUCGCAUCAUCUACUCCUCCAGCAAGCUGAGCAUUGACGAAGAGGUCUACUUCGAGAACCUCAUGCAACUCGUGGAGCACUACACCUCGGACGCUGACGGGCUCUGCACUCGACUGAUGAAGCCGAAGGUGAUGGAGGGCACCGUGGCUGCGCAAGACGAAUUCUCACGGAGUAAACAGCUCCGGCAUAGCAAUUUGGUCCAGAUGUUGGGGGUGAUCGUGGAGGAGAAAGGGGGCCUCUACAUUGUCACAGAAUUUAUGGCGAAGGGAAGUCUAGUCGAUUAUCUCCGCUCCCGAGGAAGGUCUGUGCUGGGAGGCGAGUGCUUGCUGAAAUUUUCCUUAGAUGUCUGCGAAGCCAUGGCGUACUUGGAAGCCAACAAUUUCGUUCACCGGGACUUGGCAGCGAGGAACGUGUUGGUCUCGGAGGACAACAUUGCCAAAGUCAGUGACUUUGGACUGACAAAGGAAGCUUCGUCCACCCAGGACACCGGCAAGCUCCCGGUGAAAUGGACAGCACCAGAAGCACUUAGAGAAAAGAAAUUUUCAACCAAAUCAGACGUAUGGAGUUUUGGAAUUCUUCUCUGGGAAAUCUAUUCUUUUGGGCGAGUGCCUUAUCCGAGAAUUCCUCUGAAGGACGUGGUCCCUCGUGUGGAAAAGGGGUACAAGAUGGACUCUCCAGAUGGCUGCCCCCAGAUUGUCUACGAGGUGAUGAAAAAAUGCUGGACUUUGGAUCCCGUCCACCGGCCGUCCUUCCACCAAUUACGGGAACAGCUAGAGCAUAUCAAAGCCAACGAGCUCUACCUGUGAAGCCGACUGGAGGGCGGGGCUUCUCUUUGGACACACCCUCCCUGCCUUCUCCCCGGGGCACAGACCUCAGGGGUGAGGCUGGGUGAAGAAACCUCCCC